GAAGCCUGCAGGGAAGCCUGCCUGGAAGCCUGCAAGCCAGGAAGGUCGUCGCGCGUUCCCAGCUUUCCCAUCUUUUUAACCUUUUCGCCCAGGCUUCAUUCAGUUAAGCACGAUGCCAGGCAGACAACACCCACAGACGGCAGCGACUAGCAGGGGCUUAUUCGGUGGGGCCAUUACGGCCUCAGUUGCCGAGUCAUUUCUCGAUGUAAGCCAUAUUCGAGAAAUUCCAGAUAACCAGGAGGUUUUUGUCGACGUAGAGACGGAUCAAAGUAUUGUCGUAGAGCUGCUGGAGUCUCCAGAGGGAGUAGCUGCAGAGGAUGCUGCGAAAUACCACUUCGAACAACUUGCGGCGGACAACGACUCUGGGGAGGCUACGAUCUUGAGUGUGGAGCAGCUGGAGGUGGCCUCGGCGACUCCUUACCUACCCCCAACAACACAGGCUAGUAUCCUGGUCGGUCGACAGCAGAUCAAUAAGUUCAAUGAAAGAACACCGUCGGCGGUGAACACCGUGGUUAUAUACCUUGCAGUGAUUCGACUACCUCAAGUUGGCACCGACGUGCUCGUGUCGUAUAACCACCCGAUCGCGCUAGGGGAAGGUAGUUCAUCCGCUGCGGCCUUGUCAGAAGCCGGAGGCCACAUUGGCGUUCCGGACGUCGCUGCUGAGAAUUUCAAGAGAUCCGUGCAGUCGCUAAAUGUGAUUGACUGGGGACUUUUCGGGGUAUAAAGGAAGGACUGGAUGGAAUUUACUUCCCACGUCACUCACGCUGCGGAGCGCCGAUUCACCCUAAGACUGCGGAUGUGGUCGCACCGCAGUCAUGCGUGGUAGUCGCAUGACUGGCCCUCGUCAAGUCACCCCUGUAGAGUUUAGAAGUCGUAGCGCAGCAUAGUAUUGCACAUACCAUCGAUGUGGAAACGUAAAGGAGGCUUGAUGGAAGCAGCUCGGAGUCAAACGACUAUAACCAAUGAUGGGAUGUACUGUACAUGACAGAUUUACAUUAUCAGAACUAUACAUGACAGCUGAAUACCGAAU